UAUGUGGCCGAUGUCGGGAGACAAGUGUUUACUUGCUGGACCCCGCUAUGAUGAAGGAUAUUUGAGACCAUUAGGUUCUAGGAACCGUAUUGCUGAAUCUGUCAUUUCGCACAGUCAGGCUCCUAGCGUGUUUGAAUCUGUUAGUCAAGUUGGAGCCGAUUAUCGACAUUAUGAUGAUAACAGACAGCGAAGAUAUCACGUAAGAGAAGAUGUUAAUGAAGGUGGAAGAUUUAGACCUAGAGCUCAAAGUGAAGACACUCUAGGCGAGCUUCCUAAAAAGUUUCAGGAAGAAGAAAACGUGGCUAGAAUGAAUGAGAUGAAUAAUUUGAAAUCUCAAAAUAUCGAAGACGACGCCUGUUCGAAUAAUUCCGAUGAAACAUUUUCAACCGAAUUAAUUGAUAGAAAACUCCAAAAAGGUGGAGUUCAAGUUAUACAAAUGAAUCCUUCAGGACAGCUGAGUCGAACAACCGUUCAAUCUGUACAACAACCACAGCCAGUGCAACAACCGCCACAGCCGCAACAAGUAGUUCAAAAUCCACCUCAAAUAGUGAAAGGAGAACUUGUCCCACCAAACCAAGCAUAUGUUCCGAAGGAAAAAUUAGCGAGACAAAUUUCUUCAGAAGAACCAAAAUCUCCAAUUACAGUCGUAAGAAACGUUCCGGAAGAGGAGCCUGAAGAACGACCAGUAAGACACCAACAACCCCCUCAACCACAGGUAGACCAAAGCCCCGCUUAUGAAAAUAUUAAUAAUCCAAAGAGGGAUAAGCAAUACUCGAAAGUUGAUAACUGGCUAAGAGAUCAAGAAGAAAAUGGACCAAAGGGAGAAGGAUCGCCAAAACCAGCUGCCCCACCUAAGCCAGCACCACGUCGAACAGCACCGAUUACAACCACAGCCCCUAAACCUAAACCUCCUAUUGCUGCUAAGCCUGUAUUGAAUUCUCCAGCUCGAAAUGCAAAGAAUGCUCAUAGAGAAAUUCAAGCUCCUGUCGAACAGCCAAGACACCCCGCUGUAUCCCACCUUCAAACUUCCACAGAUAAUAUGUCUGUGAGCUCUGAUGAUACUUGCGCCGACUUGGAGCACCAAACGGCAGCUCAGUUUGAAAAGAGUGCCGAAAAUAAUUUUAUAGUAAGGAUGGCAGAUGGUCAAUUAAGAGACAUCAACCACUUACAAUCGCAGCCUCAACAACAUACCAUUCACGAAAGAACUCGACCAGCAAAAACUCCAUCUCCUACAUAUCAAGAAGAGCCUAAACGGCCCUAUCAAAGCCAGCCCCAACAGCAAUUUCAACAACAAUUACCAAGAAAGACACCAUCGCCAGAGUUACAGCAAAAGCAACAGCAACAGCAACAGCAAUAUUAUCAGCAAACUCAAGAAUCUGAUGAUACUAGAUAUUAUCGAGAACAAUCCAAUCAGCCAAAUGUUCAACAACAUUUUACUCAACCCCAGCAAAUGCAACAAUCUCCACGAUUCAAUAAACAACGACCUCAAGUACCACAACGAUCAUCGUCUUUGAGCUCUUUAUCCGGUAAUGGCGAAUUGGAACAUGAUCGUUCAAGAAACGGUACCAGAAGAAUUUCAGAGAGAGAUGAUCGCCUGCAGAGGGAUGUCGAAUGGGGUCCUAUUGGCAGAGUGAUUGUAUCUGUUGUAGGCGGUAACGCAUGUGGUGUAUUCGUAAGAAAAGCUGAAAUAGAGGCAGCUGAAGCUGGCCUCAGGGAAGGUGAUGAAAUUUUGGCUGUGAAUGAUAAGAGAGUGAAGGGUGUAUCAACUCUGGAGGAUGUCUGUAUGAUGUUAAGUGCGGCCCAGAAUAUUAUCACCAAAUUAACAGUUGCUCACAAGAGGGAGGCCUACGAAAGUGUUUUACGUUCAACGGGUGGUGACAAUUUUUACGUAAGAGCCAACUUCAGCGUCGAAAAGCCAAGUCAAGGUGAACUACACAUAAAAUCUGGCGAUAUAUUUCACGUAACCGACACAAUGCCUGGUGGAGAAUUUGGCGCCUGGAGGGCGACCAAAGAGAAUGGUGCCUCGACUGAAACAUUACCCGGAUUUAUACCUAACAAUAGCAGGGCCGAGCAAAUAGCCCUAACACAGAAGCUGUCGGAAAGAAAAACGAGACCAACUGAAAGAAUGGGUUUUAUUCGACGUUCAAUCAGAAAAUCAAAAUCUGCUGAUAGAUCCCAUAAAGAUAAAAUCUCCGAACCCGAAAUCACUGAAAGGCCCGUUGCCUAUGAAAGAGUAACUGAAAUUGUUGCUCGUGUUCCCCGACCUGUUAUUUUACUAGGACCCUUUGCGGGAGCUGUUCGUCAAAUGCUCCUGAACGAUCCGAAAUUCGGCGAGGCUGAUGGCCCGGUCGAAAUGGAAGAUUGCAAUCCCUCUCUUUUACCAAUUAGAAGUUGUAUGGCUAAACAGAAACAUUGCGUAUUAAUCUUAACUCCUAAGUCUACAAAAUACUUGAUAGAAGAAACUGACGUUCAACCUAUUGUUAUAUUUUUGAAAGUUACUAAACAGCUGGCCAAGCCAUUAAAGGCAAAAUUAGCUCCUAAAUUAGAGAAGAAACCUGGACAAAUUUAUGAUGAAAGUGUUGGAUUUGAGAAAAAAUUCUCAACUUUGUUCUCAGAUAUUGUUGAAUAUCUACCUUCAGUCGAUCAAUUUCUUAAUUUCCUUAAUCAAGCAAUUUCUAAAAAGCAACAAGAAAAGAAAUGGGUUCGGGUAGAUGAAUUACCCAAAGAUGACAGCGAUAGUAGUAUGUUAGAUCGAACCCACGAUGAAUCAUCUAUGGAUUAUGAUGCCAGACUAAUGAAGAAAAGCCAAAGUUUUGCUCAUCCCGAAGAAGAGGCUAGAUCAACUCCGACAAGAUCGUAUUCUUCGUCUAAUGUCUUAGAAGACAGUCGAAAAGAAACUGCAGUAGCCUAUGAGCAAAGCUCCACUCAACAACGAAUGAUACAAGAUUCAAUGAUGAUCGCCCGACAGCAACAACAGCAACAGGCGGCUAUGCAACAAAUGAGACAACAACAAGUGCAACAAGACCAAUUGAGACAUAUUCAGCCUGUUGCAGCUAGUGGCGAAGGAGACAUUAUUGGAUAUGUUUCCAAGCCCAAUGCUAGACCUCAAUUUCCAACAACUAAUGUUCGUCCUUAUAGAAACCAACAUCCCCAGCAAAUGCAUCAACCCCAAAUGCAGCAGCAUCAACCCCAAAUGCUCCAGCAUCAACCCCAAAUGCAGCAGCAUCAACCCCAAAUGCAGCAGCAUCAACCCCAAAUGCAGCAGCAUCAACCCCAAAUGCAGCAGCAUCAACCCCAAAUGCAGCAGCAUCAACCCCAAAUGCAGCAGCAUCAACCCCAAAUGCAGCAGCAUCAACCCCAAAUGCAGCAGCAUCAACCCCAAAUGCAGCAGCAUCAACCUCAAAUGCAGCAGCAUCAGCCCCAAAUGCAGGAGCAUCAACCUCAAAUGCAACAAAAUUAUCCAUCGCAUGGUCCUUCUCAAACUCAAACUUCUAAUCAACCUCAUCGCAUGAUGCAACCUCCCCCACAACCUCCCCAACAUCCCCAACAAUUCAGACCAAGAAUGAAUCAACAGACUCAGGACAUACAAGCGAGAUAUAGGCAGACUCGACCGCAGAUGGCGCCAGUUGGUGGUCCAACUCAGGUAGUUAUGUACCUUCAAAAAACGUCAAAUUUGGAUCAGCUCCUAAGUGUCCCAGAUGUGAGAAAAGCGUUUACUUCAACGAGGAGCAGAAAGCCCUUGGAAGAUCUUACCAUAAGAUGUGCUUUAAGUGUGUUAUUAAGCUCAACUACUUUAACUGAUCAUGAGGAUGAAGUUUAUUGCCGAUCUUGUUAUAAUAAGAACUUUGGCGCUUCCGGUUUCGGAUACGGUUUGACAACAUCAUUCAAAAGGGAUGAAAGUCAAGCAAACAAUAGAACAAGAAAGACAUCAGUAGAAGCCAAAAUUGAUAUCAAUUACGAUAAUCCCGAUAACUGUCCAAAAUGCGGUAAAAAAGUGUUUUUCGCCGAACAAGUUCAAGCUUUAAGAAGAAAAUUCCACAAGCUAUGCUUUAAAUGCUCUGUUUGUAAUAAGCUCCUCCAACCUGGUGCUUGUUCAGAACACGAUGAGAAUUUAUACUGCAAGAACUGUUACGGAAAGAAUUUUGGACCAAAAGGUUUCAGAUCAUUUGUUGUAAAUACAGAGGACACAACAUCAGCCCUUUCAGCUCCCUUUAAUAAUAAUGGACCGGCAAGUGGUAAUGGGAAUGGUAAUAUCAUUGAAAGUAGUAAUGGUAACAACAACGGAGGAGCAGGAGUACAUCCAGUGAAUCAAGGUAGAGAGUUUGAGGAUGAACUUACUUUUGACUUAAGCAAGAAUUUGUGCGAAGAAGAUGAUGAAAUUCUAGAGGAGAAAGGAUUCACCGUUGCUGGAUCAACUAAAUUAUAUUCAGCUCAUGAAUACGAUUAA